AUGACACGUCCGAGUUCACCGCCAGCUCUAAGCGGAUUGAAACGCUUCUUCUCUCAUUUGGCAUCAUCUGUCAACGAAAUUACUCUCAACAAUCGGCCGUUGUCGUUGUGCCUUGGAGGCUUUUUCCAAGAGGAACUCAUGACGGUAUUCCUAAAGCAGUGUGUUGCCGCUUCAAUUCCGGUGCAGGAUUCUGAUGGUUCCAAGUUGAAUCAUGCUAUGGAAAUUGCCGAGCAGUUCAGGAAGGAUAUGAUUGAGUUGGGUUUCUUCAACGAUGCAACGCCUACGUUCCAAGCAUUUUCCGAGCAGCACUUCACAGUGUUUAUUGAUCGAAGAUGUUUGGAGGUCGGCAGUGGUGAAGAAGUCAGCGAAGAGACCAUUCUCCAAUACAAGGAGGCGUUUGGUAAAAUGAUGCCGAAAUCGGUUACCACAAGUGACAGUUUGUAUCCGCUGCUACUACAGCUCCCGCCGUUGUAA